UUGUGUGCAGCCAUCUGUUGAGCUCCCUCCUCCCUCCUCCUGCGGGGAAGGGGGCAGCCCGUUUGCCCGGCCAGCUGCACGCCUUGGACGAGAAGAAGGAGGAGGAGGAGGAGGAGGAAGAAGAAAGAGGACGAGGAGGAGGAGGAGGGAAGAAGGGGAGCCCGAUCCCCGCCGUGGGAACCGACCCCGACCCCGGGAAAAGCAUCCUGUGCUCCCCCAGCCCUGCAGUGACCAGCGGUGUGUGCCACCCUGGCAGGAGACAGAGCUGGGAGAAAAAGGUCAACAAUGCAGUUCCUACCCUGGUUCAAUUUGCUGCUUCUCCUUCCUUGUUUUGGCACCACCAAAACCUGCUUCCCCGGCUGCCACUGCGAAGUGGAAAGCUUUGGCCUCUUUGACAGCUUUAGCUUGACCAAGGUGGACUGCAGCGGCAUAGGCUCACACAUUGUUCCUGUCCCAAUCCCUUUGGAUACCUCCUACUUGGAUCUAUCAUCAAACAAACUGGAAACAAUCAAUGAAUCGAUGCUUACUGGCCCUGGAUACACCACCUUGGUGAGCCUCGACCUGAGCUACAACAAAAUUGCCAAGAUUUCCUCCACAACCUUCUCCAGGCUUCGGUACCUGGAGUCCUUGGAUCUGAGUCAUAACUCUCUGGAAGUCCUCCCGGAGGACUGUUUCUCCAGUUCUCCUUUGGGUGACAUAGAUUUGAGCAAUAACAAGCUUUUGGAUAUAGCCAUGGACACUUUUGCUUCAAAAGGUCAAGGAAAACCCCUGAAUGUGGAUCUAUCCAAUAACAUGCUCAGCACAAUUACGAGGCACCGUGAAAAGAGCAUCCCCAACAUCCAGAACUUAAAUCUUUCUGGAAACAGGCUGACAUCGGUGCCAAACCUUCAAGGGAUUCCUCUCCGAUACUUAAAUCUCGACGGGAACCCUCUAGUCAAGAUCGAGAAAGGAGACUUCACAGGACUGAAAGAUUUGAUUCAUUUAUCCCUCAGUGGCCUGCGUGGCUUUGGAGAAUUAUCUCCUUAUAGUUUCAAGGAACUACCAGCUCUCCAAGUUCUGGAUUUAUCCAACAAUCCCAACUUGAAGUCACUACCUGCUGAAGUGAUCUUUGGUCUGAACUCCCUACAAGAGCUCAACCUUUCUGGGACAGGCGUGUCAUCCUUGCCAAAGACUGUGCUGAAAUACCUGCCUUCCAUCAAAAGCAUCACCCUGGGGAAGAACAUACAGUGUCUUAAGACCAUCAAAGAAGGACAGUACCACCGACAAAUUGGGCUGACCAAAAAAGAGGUCCUCAGUUGCCACGACAGCCACGGGUCCGUAGCAGCAGCGCCUUACGUUUCGUGAUGAAAGCUGGGGAGAUGGGGGGUGGGAAAGGGAGGGGAGGGGUGGGGUGUGGGAUUUGUACAGGUGUCGGACUGAGAUGGCUUGCAGUGUGCCUUUUGUAAAACUGUCAAUAAUUUAUAUAUUUGUAUAUGCCAACACUUGAUUGUUUGUGGAUUUUAUAAACUCUCCAAUCCUGGCCCGCGUCGUCUGCAGGCUCCAGAUUUUACCUGGUGCAUUGAGGUCCUGCAGGCAGCCCGUUCCCUCAAGAGUGGUGAUGCUGGACAACGGGGACCAAGCUGCUCUGCAGGUCCCAGGGCAGAAAGGUCAGUCUGGACCAAACCUUCCUGUCCCAGACAUGUUUGUAGGAGCAAAGCUACGUCUCACCAGAGCACACACCAAAACAUACCGACUCGGUAGCUGCUUGCUUACAAACCCAUGCAUCAUCCUUUUUUUUUAAUUAUUACUCCCCAAGAAGUGCCUUCUGGAUGUUGCCUUCGUUAGCAGCACCCUGUUCCUUGUCAUGCACUUUCAGUCUUGAAGAAACAUUUCCAGACCAACCUGAAUACAGGGUACUCCUAAUGUGCUGGUUUUUACACGUUAUUUGCAUAGGUGUGCAAUGAACAUUGAGUAAGCCGAGAACUUUUUCCACAGUGUUCUCCCUGUUUUCCCCUCUCGAUUCUUUCUGUGUCUAAUUACUUUAGGUCCAACCUUGGCAACCUCCCGUCUUUCUACCCUUAGUGAGUCGUUGCUCAGAGCUGAUGCCCAGCAGGGCAAGGGGAGCAGAAGGACCUCCCAACAGCCACGUCUCACCCAGGAACCAACCUCCUAUGAACCAGAUUGACUGAGUUGCAAAGCAAAAGGAUUGUGUAGCCUAGCUUACAAAAAAAAUAAUAAAAAAAAUAAAUGCCUGUUCCCUUUCUGGGGAAGCUCAGAAGAAAACUUUGACAGGGAUUCUCAUCUUGACAACUUUAUCAAAUCAAGAUGCAGACCCAGAGGACGUGAGAGUAAGCUGUUUCCAUGCUGACGUUCCCCAUCUGAACACAACAUCUGCGACUCAGCUGGGCACGCGUGAGGCAAUUUCCAGCGCCGAAACGCUCUCCAGAACGUGCCAGGGGAAGAAUUAGCACUGACGCCUGCGACCCUGGAGCGCUUUGCCUAUCAGAGGAAAGAUCUUGGGUUUUAUUUUCUAGGGUUGUAGCUUUUCUUUCCCUCACACAGCUCCCUGGCUGCCAACUGAAAUCUGAUAAAAAGCCUGGUCCUCGGAGAUUUACUCAUUUUUUCCUCCAUUGCUGGAGUUCUGGCAAAGCAAAGCGGAGCCCCUCUCGUCCUUCUUCUUCUCCAGGCCAGGAGAAAGCAGGGGAAGGCAGCACAGCAUGACUCAAUGCCGUAUGUGAAGCCUUGUUUAUGGGAGCUCCUGCAGUGGAGGUGUCUGCUGAGGUCGGGUCCACAUCUGGCACGCUCUGUCCUGGGGAUGGGAAGGGACGUUGUGGAUGGUGGUCCUGCUUGGGCUGGUCUGCAGCUUGGUUUCCAAACCCAGCCUUGCAUGGAGGCAACCUUCAGCGUUUGAAACUGAUUUAAGGAGGUCCAUGCAAAGGUGAUGCAGAUAGAAACCCAUCCCACAACCCUCCUUAGGAGCAUUGGGAGGAGCUCAGGCUUUGUUUCACAGCCCCAAAGGUCUUUGCAAAUUGAAACCCUAUUGCCCAAAGCAGCUGUCUCCAGGGAUGGUUGAAACCCAUUGGACCUAUAAAAGCCAGAGUCAAAACUCCACGUUAGACUCUGAAAUUCCUCUCCCACUUUUUCAUCCACCUCCUUUUCAAUGAUUUGUUUGGGGACCUUAGGGUGGUUUUUAACCCUUUCUUUCAGUCUUGGGGCUUUUGCCUCUCUCCUGAGCCUUUGCAGCGCUCGACCAGCCUUCAGUCAUAAGAAACAUGUUGAUUUUCUUAAAAAGGCAACGGGACUGCCUACAGUUAGGGAUCUGGAGGGGAACAGCAACCAACUGCAGUGCAAGAUGGGGGCAGUUUGGGAGGAAAGGGGUGGUUUUUUUAGUGGAUCUUGCCUUUUUAAGAGAAUUCUUUUCUGCUGGCAGAAAAUGUAAUUUUUUUUUUUUUAAAAAAAAGAAGUUGUUUAAUUUUAUAAGUCUGUACAUAGAUGCAAUGUUACAGGGAUCACAUACUGUCAGAGUUACUGUCUUUGUGCCACUGUGGUAAGUUCAAAACCCGAUGUGACAAUCCAAUUGGAGACUGCAAGAUUUCCUUGUGUAAUCUCUCGCUAGCUGCGAGCUAAACGAGUCUUAGCAAAAAGCUGGCAAAUACCGUCGCUGUGUUAGUUUGUUUUUUUUCUAAAGAACCUCUGCAGCAUUGUAAGGCUUUGUGAUUACUCACAAUAUAAUAAAGUCAUUUGG